ACGUCAUAUUAAGUCACAUUCUCUGGCAAAAAGUAUAAACAAGUUAUUUUUAAUGAUAUAAUUGUUUAUUUAAAUAAUUAUCAUUAGAUUUAUUUGUUCUUAAAAGUGUAUUAAACUAAUAUGUCAUAAUAAUGCCACUGCAAUUUAUUAUUUCUAACAAAGGAAUAAAACAGCUGCAAUUAAAUGGGUAUAUAUUUAACCUCAAAAGUAGAAAUCAAAGUAGCAUCACGUGGCGUUGUAAAGCUUAUUAUUCUGAUGUUAAUUGCAAAGUUACUGUUCGUACUGAUAGUGAUAAACGUCCUGUAAUGUUAUUGGUGAGGUGCUUAUUCACGAUCAUGCUGCGGACAUUUCUUUUGUUGAAGCUAAAAAAGUAUUAAGAAAAAUCAGUAAACGUUGUCGCAAUAAUGAUGAUCCACCGGCGUCGGUCAUUGAAAAUGUUCUUGCGACGGUAUCAUCUCCAGUAGUGGCUCGCUUGCCAAAAAUGGUAUCAAUGUCACGUAAUAUUCAGCGUGUACGUAAAGCAAAUGUUGGAAAUGAUGAUAUUCCUGUUGCUGCUGCUGCCAAGUCUUGUCAAGAUUUAAAUACUCCUGAUGGGUUUUUUGUAAUUGAAAAAGCGAAGACUGUUGAAUUAUAAUAGUGGACAAAAUAAAAAUCGUAUGUUGAUAUCAACUACUCAAUCAAAUUUAAAUUGUCUCUAUGAAUCAUCUCAAUGGAUUGCUGAUGGUACAUUUUCAUCUGUACCAGUAAUAUUUAAGCAGCUAUAUACACUUCAUGGAUGGAAAAAUAUGAAAAUGUUACCGUUAGUAUAUAUAUUAUUGCCUAACAAGAAAAAGCAUCUUUAUACUGAAGUGCUGACAGUCUUGAAAAAUCAUAUGCCUACUUUGGAGCCUACGAGAGUGAUGCUUGACUUUGAAAAUGGUUCUUUGAAUGCUUUCAAGAUAGUAUUUCCAAAUGCCAAAAUUAUUGGAUGCUUAUUUCAUUAUUCUCAAUGCCUCUGGAGAAAUGUACAGUUAACUGGAUUACAGCGCAAAUAUAACACUGAUACUCGUUUUGCGUUGAAUAUACGCAUGUUACUCGCUUUAUCAUUUGUUCCUAUUGAUGAUGUUCGUAGUGCAUUUGAUCAACUUGUUGAAACGAAGUAUUACAAAGAUCAUGGAGACGAGUUACAUGGAAUUCUUGAUUAUUUUGAGCGCACUUGGAUAGGUGUAUUAUCUAGGAGUGGCAAGUCACGAUUAAAGCCAUACUUUGCAUUAAGUCUAUGGAAUUAUUAUGAAGCUGUUAUUAAUGAUUUGAUUCGGAGUAACAAUGCUGUUGAGAGAUGGCACAGGUCCUUUAAUAAAAAAGUUCGUGUUGCUCAUGCUAGUUUUAAUAAAUUUAUUGAUGUAAUAAAAUCAAAGCAGAUUAAAACUGAUGUAUUAAUUACGCAAGCUGACACUGGAUUAGGCAUUGCUAGUAAACGUAGACGUGAAUAUGUUGAUUUGGAUUAUCGUUUGAAAAAUAUUGUUUUAUCAUAUGAUCGUAAUAAAAUAAUUAAAUAUUUACAUGAUAUUGCGACAAUUCUUAUGUUGUAAAUUGAAAGUUUUUCGAAAAGAAUUUGCUAAAAUGUUUUAUAUUUGAUAUGUAAAAGUAAUAUUAAUGAUACGACUGUGAUUAUUAGUUAUUGACUAAGUUUGUUACAGAAAAAAAUGUUUAAUACUAGAUUCGAUAAAAAUUCAUGUGGUAGUUAUUAAUUGAAGACAUUAGUUAUCUAAUAAAAAAUGUAAUAUGUUAUAUAUUUUAAGUAACUAACAAUUUGAUAAAAUGUUAUAUUUAGUAUAUGUUAAGAUAAUAUAAAUGAUAUGACUGUGAUUGUUAACUAUUAACUGAUACAAUAAUUAUAAGCUAAGAAUCUUAUUCAACAUAGUAUUUAAUUUGUUCUAAUGCAUACUUGGUAAUUAUCAAAUAACUGUGAUUUGUCUAUAUUAAUAUGACUGUAAAAAUAUAAUUGCGACUUAUG